AUGGGUGUUAAAAUCGGAAUUUUCGUUAUACUCACGUGCACGGCAUUCGCAUCGAAUAAUUACGAUUACGAUAAAGCAUUGGAAUUAUCAUUAUUAUUUUACGAAGCUCAAAGGUCUGGUUAUUUACCGCCAGAUAACAGAAUAUCCUGGAGGCAAAAUUCCGGUCUUAAUGACAGUAGUCCAAACGGUGACGAUUUAACAGGAGGAUAUUACGAUGCUGGAGAUUUUGUUAAAUUUGGAUUUACAAUGGCUAGCACGACAACUCUAUUAGCCUGGGGACUUUUAUCUUAUAAAGACGCGUACCUGGCUUCGGGGCAAUACAAACAUUGUUUGAAUGCAAUCAAAUGGGCGAGUGAUUAUUUUAUUAAAUGUCACGUGAGUCCAGAUGAAUUUUACGGUCAAGUUGGUGAUUUCGCAUUGGAUCACGCAUUUUGGGGUAGACCGGAAGAUUUAAACAUGUCCAGGCCAGCAUAUAAAAUAGAUAAAGAACAUCCAGGAUCUGAUCUUGCUGGAGAAACGGCAGCUGCAUUAGCCGCGGUAUCCUUGGCUUUUAAAUAUGUCGAUCCUGAGUAUUCGGCCCUGUGCCUCAAGCACGGAAAACAACUAUAUAGUUUCGCAACUAAUUAUAGAGGACUUUAUCACGAAGCAAUCAAAGGAGCAUCGCAAUAUUACGAAUCAACGGAUUAUGCGGAUGAAUUAACAUGGUCAGCUGCUUGGUUAUAUAAAGCAAGUAACGAUUUAACGUAUUUAGACGAUGCCGAACAUCAUUACAUGAAAUUCAGGUUGAAAGAAAGGCCGAAUGAAUUUUUUUAUAAUAAAAAAGUUGCCGGAGUUCAGAUUCUUCUCGCUCAACUAACUGGUAGACCGGAAUAUAUAGAAGCCGCACAAGCAUUUUGUGAUUUCAUUGUCGAUUAUCAAAAGGUCACGCCGAAAGGUCUCACAUACAUCGACAAACUUGGAACUUUAUGCCAUGCUAGUAACGUCGCAUUUGUUUGCUUACAGGCGGCGGACAUUGGUUUAAAAUCAUCAAGCAAAUAUAGAAAAUUUGCCAAAAGGCAAAUUGAUUAUAUUUUGGGGGAUUCGGGAAGAAGUUACCUCGUUGGUUUUGGUAAGGAUUAUCCGAAACAACCUCAUCAUGCAGCCAGUUCUUGUCCUAAAAGACCUGCCAAAUGCGGAUGGGAAGCUUAUUCUCAACCAGGACCGAAUCCUCAAAUACUUUAUGGUGCCUUAGUCAGCGGACCUGACGAAAAUGAUUAUUACGAAGAUAAAAGAGAAGAAUAUGUUUAUAAUGAAGUUACUUUAGAUUAUAAUGCCGGAUUUCAGUCGGCUGUUGCCGGUUUAAGACAUUUGCAAUUAAUUAAUGAUAAUAAUAAUAGUAAUAAUAAUAAUAAUAAUAAAGCCAACGGCCAUAGCGUGCUGGUCACACCGGUUCCCGUACGAUCACCGAAGUUAAGCAGCAUCGGGCGUGGUGCAAACUUGGAUGGGUGA